CACCACGGUAAUGUCACACAGACGGCUGCUUGCCACAAAUUACUGGCAUAGCUCAGAUGCGCAGCUUUGAGAAAUACAUCAUAACUUGACAAGUACUUCAGUAUAUAACAGUCGAAACCAACUAUACCACCGGGCGAAGAUAAUCCAUCCUUUCCAGGACUAGUGGGAGUUUGAAAGAAUGUCCGUAUCGUAUACAAAGGCGAUUUGUAUGCUGCUCGUCAUAUGUACAUUGAGUGCCAAAAGCGAGGUUGCAGGAAACAGGAAUGACGGGGAAAUCGUUUCAACAGGGGAGUCCACAUAUGUUCCAAGACGCAGAGAGAAUUUUCCUGAUAUUUUAUUGAAAGGAAUGAUUAUCAUAAAAAUAAGGACUCUCUCCUUCAUACGAGAGUUAUCAUAUCGUGAAAAUAAUCUCACCAGACGGCUGACAGCACUUUGUGAGAGAGAGAUGGCCAAGUUGUUUAGUUCCGUCAAAGGGAAACAAACUGUCAAGGUCGAAUCGUUUAGGCGUGGUCGAUGGAGUGCAGUGGUUGUGGUAAUGACGUUUGACAGUACAGGAAAUGGUAACAUGAGCGAAAUUACUGAAAUAGUUGAGAAAAAAAUCAAAGAUCCUGGAAGAUUCAUCAAUUACGAUGUGGACAGAAGAAUGGCUUCCUUCAGACCGCAGGGAGUCUUUUGUCACCCAAGAGUUCACUACGCUUUUGAAAGCUCGACCGAACGAGAUAUAUUCGAUGAUUCUGGCUAUGAUAACAACGGUGUCAUUUACGGCAAUAUUGCAACAACGAGGCAUGGAAAAUGUGGUAAAGCAGGCAGGUUUAGGAAUGGUUAUAUUUACCUAAGAAAGUUCAAGAAAACAAAAACCUCAGAAACUGAUACGAUUCUUGUGGCAUUUUGGAUGCGAAUUAUCAACCCUCGAAGCACAACGUCUUUAUUCAGAGGAUAUUACAAAGGAGCCGUUGUGGAGCUGUUUAUGAAAAGAGGCAUUUUAACAUGGAAGUUCAUCACUCGACGAGAAGCGGUUGCGUUCUUAGUACGUCAUACGAAAUUACUUCGAGCUCGUCAAUGGACCCAUAUUGUUGCUCUAUACGACCCCUUUACUCAUAAAGCAAAGCUCUAUGUCGACUCAGAGUUGAGUAGUGAGGUCGAUGUUCGCAAGGGAAUGGUCCGUUGGAGGUUUACGUCAUCGUUACGGUUCGGUAUGACGUCAGCGGAAGGGUAUCUGGAUGAUCUGUAUGUUUAUGAUUGCGUGCUGGGUGAAGAGGUACUCGAGGGUAUUCGCAAGGAUUGCUGGUGUCAGGAGUUGUGCGCUCCGAGAGGGGAAAAUGAAUUCCUGAUAAGAAUGAUUUUGCUUUCAACAAAUACCUCGAGAGAUGCGACUGAACAAAUCGCUAACGCAGUGAAGGCGAAGAUUAUUGAGAUGUUCAGCGAAAUAUCUGGAGAACAACGAGUUCAAACAAUUGGAUAUAGGCCACUGGACGAAGAUUCAAUCAUGGUGGACUAUUCCUUACAAAGUAUUGGUAACAGUGACACCAGAUAUUUAGCAGGCGUAAUGCAACCUGCAAUUACUUCCGGGAAUAUCGCUGGAGUUCCUCUUGCUUCAAAUGAUGUCUCGUUUGUUCAGUUAUCUGGCAAAGGUGUCUGUCUUUCGAACGAGAUGAAAUGUGGUGAUGGGGGAUGUAUUGAUAAAUUAUGGAGAUGCGAUGGAGAAAUAAACUGUCCUGAUGGAAGUGAUGAAAUUGAUUGUGGACAGGUUAUUUCAUUGGAUUGCCAUGCCAACGAGUUUACGUGUAACAAGUCACGUGUGCUUGGUAUCAGUGAUUGCGUUGAAGCACGAUAUAGAUGUGAUGGACAACUGGAUUGUGAUGAUGAUUCCGAUGAACAAGGAUGUGUCUCUCCCAAGUUAAUAACAGCUCCACGGUCAUUUCUGAUUGUCGCUGCGGGGGAGACAGCAAUCUGCAGGUGUGUAGCCAGCGGUGUACCACACCCCAAAAUCAGCUGGUAUCACGAAGGUGCAAAAGUUUCUUCGCUUCAAGAAAAAGUGUCAGUAACUUCGGUCUCAGGCUACGGGAAACUGACCAUACAUAACGUGAGGCCGGAGGACUCUGGGGAUUAUAUUUGUAAAAUCAGUGACAAUCGCAUAAGGAAGACAAUUGCUCCAAGUUGCACCAUUAAAGUUCGAGCUUUAGGUAAUGUAUGUCGUCCCCCGUUCUUUAACUCCAUGGCACAGCAAAAUGACCAAUGCCUCAGAUGUUUCUGUCAUGGACACACGUCAAACUGUAGAAGCGCGCAACUCUACAGAUCGAAGUUGACUUCUUACUGGGAUUGCUACAGCUGCACAAGAGACGAUGAACCGACACUUGUUGAUGCAUAUGGCACGUCUGUUAACGUGUAUCAAACGUCAAAUACUCCUCUUUUAUACUGGAAACUGCCGACAAUAUACUCCGGAAACAAGCUGACAAGUUAUGGAGGAAAGUUCGAGUUUACGUUUGAUUCUAACAACAUACAAAAUGGAGCGAGAAGAUCAAGACGAAACCUUGUUCAAACUGCGAGCUCCGACCCUGCUGUUUGGAAUUAUGUUCGGGAAACACCGAACAAGAAAUCAUGGCUUGGCAAAAGUGGGGUUCCACGUACCAAAAAUGAUGUUCCUAGUAGGCCAGCAAGUAGCGACAGCCCGGGAUCAGCCUCCCAGGAUUUGAAUCUCACUGAAGGACAUGGCGUUUUCAUUGUGGGAAAUGAUGGCACUCACUUGGCCUCAAUCAAUCUGGAUUACGUGGAUGAUGAUGUUUUUGGCAUAAGCGUAACGGAGAAAAAUUGGAAGGAAAUACAAAGACGUCGAACGGCUAAUCGAUCAACGUUGCUUCGAGUUCUUUCUGACAUUAAAUUUAUAUUCAUAAAGGCAUCUUCUGCUGGGGAUAUCGUUUCAAGGCUUCUCAGAGCUUCCCUGGACACCGCAGUCGAGGAAGAAUCUGGAGGAAAUAAAAUCACUUUGGUGGAACAUUGCGCAUGCCCGAUUGGGUAUGGUGGCUUUUCCUGUGAAAAAUGUUUAACUGGAUAUUUCCGAGAACAGGGUAGUCAAACGUGCGUGAAAUGUUCUUGCAAUAAUCACUCCAGCACUUGUCAUCCUGAGACUGGGAAAUGCGAGAAUUGUGCACACAGCACUGACGGUUUCAACUGCGAAUUGUGUGCUUUGGGUUACUAUGGGAACGCCACCAAAGGGACAUCACGUGAUUGCAAAAAAUGCGACUGUCCGUUAACCGUCGAGACAAACCUGUUUAGUGAGUCGUGUUAUUUGGACACUGAUGGUAAAUCUACCUGCACUUCAUGCAAGCAAGGAUACGCUGGCCGAAAUUGUGAAAUCUGUGCGCAAGGUUAUGAAGGUGACCCAAGAAUUUUGGGUAAAACUUGUUACAAAGUCGGCAAUUUUUCACAAUGUAAUGCGGCCGGUAGUGUUUCCCAGAGUACGACUACAGAUGGGGAAAUCCAGUGCACUUGUAAGAGAAAUGUGAUUGGUUCAGUUUGCGAUAAAUGCCAAGAAGGACGAUUCAAUCUUCAGACUUCAAAUCCGUCAGGCUGUGAAUCAUGUUACUGCAGCAGAAAAAGCAGAAGUUGUACGAAUCUAAUUGGCUCAAAGUUUACGAUUCAAACAUCAUUCUUGGAAGAUGACUUCAAGAUUGAUACUGUUCAUUCCACACAUAUUUUUCCUCACUCAGUACGCAAAACAGACGACCAGUUAUAUUUACAAAGUUUUUUCUCUGGUGUAAAAAUCAGAAGGUCUCUGUUUUGGCAUCUUCCAUUAAAGUUUGCUGGAAGCAAGGUUGCUUCCUAUGGCGGUUACCUGGAGUACACUGUAACUUACUCAUGGAAUGGAACAACAAAACCCUUCAACUAUUUAUAUGAUGUCAUUCUCUUAGGAAAGGGAUUUGGCAUUGUCUAUGUUGGACGACAGUUAAGGGGUAUUGAGUAUGAGAAUGGUAAAAAGGUUACAUAUAAAAUUCCUCUACUUGAGAAAUUGUGGAGAUUUUCCAGCAACAGUCGCGUUUCCAAAGCAGUGUUUGUCGUGUUUUUGGGACGAAUUCAUAAGCUUUUGAUCCUGGCCACGCCAUACACUGACAUGGUCGAAACUAGAUUGCACGAGGUCAAAAUGGACGCCCGUUAUGAGAACGCAGGGGGAGUGGAAAUACCUGGAAUUGAAAGAUGUUCUUGUCCCAAAGCAUACACAGGCUACUCUUGUGAGAGCUGCGCCGAUGGUUACACGUUCAGAGAUUCCUCUAUUCUUGGUCGUUGCGUGAAGUGCAACUGUCAUGGCCAUUCAUCCAACUGUCAUCCGCAAACUGGUGUUUGUCAGGACUGUCAACACAACACAACUGGAGAAAAUUGUGAGAAAUGUCCGGCUGGUUUCUAUGGUAACCCCAAAGCUGGGUCACCAUGUCAUUCCUGCCCAUGUCCACGUGUUGAUCCGGUGAACAGCCCCGGAACAAAAGCGACGUGUUUUGUGGACAAUGAGGGUGAUCCAGUAUGUAACCAGUGUCCUAAGGGACACGAAGGGAAACUUUGUGAUAGGUGUAAAGAAGGAUUUACGGGCAAUCCGGAAAUUCCCGGAGAAGUGUGUAAACCAGUUUCAUCGUGUGGCUGUAACUACGCAGGAACGAAAAGAUGCGACGAAAGAACAAGAAGAUGUGUUUGUAAGGAAAACGUUGAAGGCGAGAAAUGCAGUCGAUGUAAAGCAGGAUUUUACAAUUUACAAGAAAAGAACGAAGAUGGUUGCACUCCAUGUUUCUGUAUGGGAUUCAGUACAACCUGUCGUGUGUUGAAUAAUAGUUCAGAAAUUAUCAAAUUUUUACCGUCUUUAACAUUACCCGAUGGGUUGGUUGUCACCACUGAAGAUUUCUCUCGGAAUUCGUCAGACUUGGAAGUGGAUUCGCAGAGUAAACGAAUACGAUUCCUUAAUAAGACAUGGCUGGAACAAUCCAAUGUUUAUUGGAGAAUACCGAAGAUAUUUCUGGGUAACAAGGUUCUAUACUAUGGUGGAAUGUUAUCCUUUUUCUAUUCGUUCCAUUCUUCAGUGAAUGGAAACCCGAACUACAUGAUUAUGAAGGGUAAUGGCCAGACUCUUCGCUAUAAACAGUAUACUCAUUUCUUUCCAAAUACGGAAAGAAAUUUUGAACUUUUACUUCAUGAGAGUCGAUGGGUGAAACCGGACAGCAGCCGUGUGACUCGUGAGGAAUUCAUGAGUGUUCUCGUUCAUAUCGACGCCAUUUUAAUUCCUGUCAGCUAUUCAAGGCAAGCAUCUGAAUCAAGACUUGGAGACAUCAUUUUGACGUCAGCAAGUCAAACUAACAAAGCUAUGAAACCUGAGAUUUGCGUCUGUCCUCGUAACACUGAAGGCUCAUCUUGUGAGAGUUGUGUCCCUGGCUACACCAGAAACGGAAGACUGACAGCAGAAUGUGCUCCUUGUGAAUGUCAUUCCCACUCGAGUCGUUGUGAUCAAAGAACUGGAACUUGUGAAAAUUGCAAAGACAACACAGCUGGAAAGCAUUGUGAGAUAUGUGCUCAGGGAUUUUACGGCAAUGCUAAAAAUCGACGCAGAAAUGUUUGUAAAGAAUGUCCCUGUCCAUUACCUGGAUCAUCAAAUCGUUUUAGUGAAACAUGUUUCCUGGAUGAAGAUGGUUUACCAACAUGUGACGCCUGUCUGGAAGGAUACAGCGGAAGAAGAUGUGAAAGGUGUUCACUGAAUUACACAGGCAAUCCGUCAACUCCAGGUGGAAAGUGCUUCAAAGUCCCAGUUGAAUUGAUUCCAAAGCUGAAGAUUAUUCCUGAAAGUCUCACUGUUCAAGAAGGAGACAACGCGGAGUUUGUGUGUAACGUUCAGUCACCUCGUCCCACACAAAUAAUAUGGUCAAAACGGGAUGGCGAAGCCUUAUCAAAGCGAGCUACCGUCAGUGGAGUCAGUGGAAAUGUGCUUAGUUUCAGAACGCUGAACAUAAGUGACGGGGGCACUUAUGUUUGUACUGCAAGUAAUGAUAUGGCUCUGAGAACGGCAAAAUCACUUCUUGUUGUGAAAAAGCAACAACUGAGUGCAGUCAUCGUGGAUGUGUCGCCCAAAUCACGUUACAUUCCCGUCGGGGGAAGAGCUAAAUUUUCUUGCACAUCGAAAACAUCCUCACGAUAUUCUAUAACUUGGAGCAGAGAGCACGGCUUGUCUUUACCAUCAAGCAGCCACGUGAAAGACGGGACGUUGAUCAUCACUGAUGCGAGACUGAAUGAUGGAGGAACGUAUAUUUGUACCGGAAAAAAUGCUUUGAAUGUUGAUCGAGCAAUUAUUUCACUUCAUGUUGGAGUUGUUGUAAAGCCGCAAGUAUCAGUUACUCCAAGAAAAAGGAUCGUCGAUGUUGCUGACACGGUUAAGUUUCGCUGCUCGGCAUCCGCCGGUUUUCCAGCGGCAACCCUUCGUUGGGAGCGCGGGGAUGGCCGUCGACUUCCGCGUUUUUCAAAGUUUUUCAGUAGAACCGGGGUUUUUAAGAUUUUGGCCGCAUCAAGACGGGACGAAGGGGAAUAUAUGUGUACAGCUAGUAACACAGGUGGUGAAUCAGUGAUGAGAGUCCAACUGCUUGUUAGAGGCCCCAACAGCUCUCCCAAGGCAAACAUUAGACCGAGGCAUGUGACCGUGACUGAGGGGGAAGAUGCCAUCCUACGUUGUGAUGUGUCCGGAGAGGAACCAAUGGACAUAAGGUGGCAGAAACGCGGAGGAGAAUUAUCACGGACAGCGAUGGUGAGGAGAAACUAUCUUGAAAUAAAAAAGACGACAGUACGAGACCGUGGGCACUACAGGUGUAUCGCAAGAAAUAAAUAUGGCCAGGACUCUGCGCUUGGUAGCCUCUUUGUAAAUGAAGAUAGAUCAAUGUUACCGCAGGUUGCCAUCAGACCUCCAGGCAACGUUAUAUCAGUGAUGGAAGGCGAAGCUCUUAACCUUCUCUGUGAGGUCGCUGCCGACGAUAGAGUGGAGAGUGUGAAGUGGACACGGCAAUCAAUUGGAGGAGUCCUCAGUCGAAACUUUGAACUGAACUUUGUAAGAAUGAAAAUUGACGAUACUGGUGUAUAUGAGUGUACUGCGAAGACAGAAAAGGGUGAAGGCAAAGCAUCUGUGUCUGUUGUUGUGCAGAGAAAUGACAUUCUUCCUUCGGUGCAAGUACGGCCAAGCUACGUGACGAUUAGACUUGGUGGAAGUGUGACAAUCGAGUGUACGGUGUCAUCCACCCUUCCCGUGACUGUCACGUGGAGUAGGGCUGAUGGGUCACCCCUCAACAAUGAUUACUUGAUAAAAAACACCGUUAUCUCAAUACGCGAUGUUAAAAAGGAAGAUCAAGGAACUUAUAUUUGUGUUGCAGAGAACACGUUUGGGGCCAGCAAAGCUACGCUAGAUAUUGUAAUAUCGGAAGAAUAGACAUAUUGUAAAAUACAGAUAUCUGACAUUUCGUAUAAGAUGACUUUCGUUCGAGAAUUGUGCUUCAUUUAGAAAACCUACACAAACAGGUGAAAUAGGAAGAACAUAAUUCGAGGUAGUAUCCGCCUGGCCUCUGGAAAAUGCCCUAUUGUAUUGAGACUAUUAAAGAUCUAAGCCCUUAUUUUAUUUGCACAAAGCCUGACCGGCUGGAACCGGGCAAACGCGAUCGCAAUGAGGCGUGUUCACGAAGGCUUGGAUCAAGUUUGUGACUAGUUAUACUUUUGUAAAUUAACCUUUGAAUAAAAUUUUAGA